AUGGGCGCCAACGCGCGUGCGCGCCGGGACGGCGGCCGGGACGCCCCGCGUGUGCUUUUGGCCUACAUUUCCCAGGCGCCACCGCGAGACAGCUGGUACGGUGUCCGAGAAGGGACCGAGGGCUGCGGACUAGAGAAGACAAUGGCUGGUGUUCCUGAGAAAAGCGGCAAUGGGGGCGAUGGGGGUGCAGAACAAGAAUGGCAAGAAGGAGGUUUUGAGGAAAAUGACAUCACACUGAAGAAGCAAACUGCAGAAAAGCAUGAGCGUGGCACCCCCGCGCCUGAUCUGGACUUGCAGUACGAGACAGCAGAGUCGACGCUCUUGAUGGUGUUGAAGAAUAACAGUGCCACCAAAGGAGCUGAUGUGGCCCAGAAAUUUGUAAAACUUUUGCUUAUAUAUUUGUCCACACUCCUCACCAGCGCUGCCCCGGCACACGGAGCCAGCACCCAAAGAGUGGCCGGCGGCCUCACGCUGGGCGGGCUGUUCCCGGUGCACGCGCGGGGCGCGGCGGGCCGGGCGUGCGGGCAGCUCAAGAAGGAGCAGGGAGUGCACCGGCUCGAGGCCAUGCUGUACGCGCUGGACCGCGUGAACGCCGACCCCGCGCUGCUGCCCGGCGUGCGCCUGGGCGCGCGGCUGCUGGACACCUGCUCGCGGGACACCUACGCGCUGGAGCAGGCGCUGAGCUUCGUGCAGGCGCUAAUCCAGGGCCGCGGCGACGGCCACGACGCGGUGCGCUGCCCCGGGGGCGCCCCUCCGCUGCGCGCCGCACCUCCGGAGCGCGUGGUGGCCGUCGUGGGCGCCUCGGCCAGCUCCGUGUCCAUCAUGGUGGCCAACGUCCUGCGCCUGUUCGCGAUACCCCAGAUCAGCUACGCUUCCACUGCCCCAGAGCUCAGUGAUGCCACACGCUAUGACUUCUUCUCUCGCGUGGUGCCGCCCGACUCCUACCAGGCCCAGGCAAUGGUGGACAUUGUGCGGGCACUUGGAUGGAACUACGUGUCCACACUAGCCUCGGAGGGCAACUAUGGCGAGAGCGGGGUGGAGGCCUUCGUGCAGAUCUCCCGCGAGGCCGGAGGGGUCUGCAUUGCUCAGUCCAUCAAGAUUCCCAGGGAACCAAAGCCAGGAGAAUUUGACAAAGUGAUCCGGAGGCUCAUGGAGACACCCAAUGCACGGGGCAUCAUCAUCUUUGCCAACGAGGACGACAUCAGGAGGGUCCUGGAGGCGACACGCCGGGCCAACCUGACCGGCCACUUCCUGUGGGUGGGCUCGGACAGCUGGGGAUCCAAGACGUCACCCAUCCUGAGCCUGGAGGACGUGGCCAUGGGGGCCAUUACCAUCCUGCCCAAAAGGGCCUCCAUCGAUGGCUUUGACCAGUACUUUAUGACUCGCUCCCUGGAGAACAACCGCAGGAACAUCUGGUUUGCCGAGUUCUGGGAAGAGAACUUUAAUUGCAAGCUGAUGAGCUCAGGUAACCAGGCAGAUGACUCCGCCCGCAAGUGCACAGGCGAGGAACGCAUCGGCCAGGACUCUGCCUACGAGCAGGAGGGGAAAGUGCAGUUCGUGAUUGACGCCGUGUACGCCAUUGCGCAUGCGCUGCACAGCAUGCACCAGGCGCUGUGUCCCGGGCACUCAGGGCUGUGCCCCGCGAUGGAGCCCACGGACGGGCGGACCCUGCUGCAGUACAUCCGAGCGGUCCGCUUCAACGGCAGUGCAGGGACUCCGGUGAUGUUCAAUGAGAAUGGAGAUGCGCCAGGGCGCUACGACAUCUUCCAGUACCAGGCGACCAAUGACAGUGCCCACAGUGGUGGGUACCAGGCUGUGGGCCAGUGGGCAGAGGUGCUCAGGCUGGAUGUGGAAGCCUUGCUGUGGUCAGGUGACAAGCGUGAGGUGCCCGCGUCUCAGUGCAGCCUCCCCUGUGGCGCAGGGGAGCGGAAGAAGAUGGUGAAGGGUGUGCCCUGCUGUUGGCACUGCGAGGCCUGCGAUGGCUACCGCUUCCAGGUGGAUGAAUUCACGUGUGAGUCCUGUCCUGGAGACAUGCGGCCCACGCCCAACCACACGGGCUGCCGCCCCACACCCAUGGUCCGCCUCACCUGGUCAUCCCCCUGGGCUGCUCUGCCGCUGCUCCUGGCCGUGCUCGGCAUCAUGGCCACCACCACGGUGGUGGGCACCUUCGUGCGGCACAACAACACGCCCAUCGUCCGCGCCUCGGGCCGUGAGCUCAGCUACGUGCUCCUCACCGGCAUCUUCCUCAUCUAUGCCACCACCUUCCUCAUGGUGGCGGAGCCCGGGGCUGCUGUGUGUGCAGCCCGCAGGCUCUUCCUGGGCCUGGGCACCACGCUCAGCUACUCCGCCCUGCUCACCAAGACCAACCGCAUCUACCGCAUCUUUGAGCAGGGCAAGCGCUCCGUCACACCGCCGCCCUUCAUCAGCCCCACGUCACAGCUGGUCAUCACCUUCAGUCUCGCUUCCCUACAGGUGGUGGGCGUGAUAGCGUGGCUGGGUGCCCAACCCCCACACAGCGUGAUUGACUAUGAGGAGCAGCGCACUGUGGACCCGGAGCAGGCCAGGGGUGUGCUCAAGUGCGACAUGUCGGAUCUGUCCCUCAUCGGCUGCCUGGGCUACAGCCUGCUGCUCAUGGUCACGUGCACUGUGUAUGCCAUCAAGGCCCGUGGUGUGCCCGAGACCUUCAACGAGGCCAAGCCCAUCGGCUUCACCAUGUAUACCACCUGCAUCAUCUGGCUGGCCUUCGUGCCCAUCUUCUUCGGCACUGCCCAGUCUGCCGAGAAGAUCUACAUCCAGACGACCACGCUGACAGUGUCCUUGAGCCUGAGUGCCUCGGUGUCCCUCGGCAUGCUCUAUGUGCCCAAAACCUACGUCAUCCUGUUCCACCCAGAGCAGAACGUGCAAAAGCGCAAGCGGAGCCUCAAGGCCACCUCCACCAUGGCAGCGCCCCCCAAGGGGGAGGACAAAGAGGACCCCAAGUAGCAGGGCUGGGAGUGGCCAGGAUGGGCUGCUCCCUCCUCCCUCAUUCCUGCCCCUCUGGUUGCUGCAGAGUCCAGGCCACAGCGAACA